AUGGGUCAUCCACUGGUCGUUACAUUCGAAACGGAAGAAAUAAAUAUUGGGGAUGCUAGAUUCCCCCAAAUUGGUAUUUGCCCAAACGGGGGUUUUAAGGCGUCCGCAAUGGAAUCAGCAAUUGAUUACUACUUCAAAGUCAAAAAAGGAGUCGAAAUCGAAAGUCCAGAUGGACUACGCUGGAACAAAAACGACGUUGAUGGGGUGCUAAAAGUCAUUGAUCAAGCUUGCUCGUAUAGCACAACUUACGCAGAUAAAAACGGAGUUGAAGAUGAGGACAAUGGCAACACCUGGUUCAAUUAUUGGGUCGAUAAGAACGGAACUGGAGGGCUUCUUGACAACGUAACAGAUCCAGCAAUCAAAAAUACGACCAUUCAAUCUGAGUUGGGAGGACACACCAAGGAGGAAAUUUCCAAUUGGAUGAAAGUAGAUUUCGACGAAAGUAUUGCUAACAUCAAGAAGAAGAAAUCUGGGAAGGGGAAACCUGCGAUACCCUGGAGGCAAGCAGCGCCAGGAAAAUCAUCUGGGCUGAAGUUCGUCAUAAAAGAAGAGUUAAAAGAUAAAGCCUGCGUUCAUACUGAUGGGACUGGAUUUACGCUGGCGAUAAAUCACCCUAGAGAUGAGUCUCAAAUCCAAAAAUUUGGAACGUCUUUGCCAUAUGGGAAAGACAUUUAUAUUUCGCUGUACCCUGAAGUUCUUCUUGCUGAGACGGAUGCCAAAGAAAUUGAUAUCGGGCGACGUGGCUGUUACUUCAGUGAUGAUGAGGGUCCAGCACGAUUAACUUUCUACAAGAAAUAUUCCAGACAAAAUUGUUUGGAGGAGUGUUUCGCCAAAGCAGUUUAUGAACAAUGCAAAUGUGGCCGUGUGACAGCUCCUGGCUUACCAGGACGAAUCUUAUGUUCUCCCAACCAAAUGGAUUGUGUCCGAGACAAGGAAAACGCAAUGUACAAUGAAGGUCUGAAUGAAGUAUGCCCACUUUGCCGUCCAAAUUGUCAAGACACAAAAUAUCGAACAUCGGUGACAUGA